AUGACCGCCGAUGCUGCCACUCUCCUGCCAAAGGCACAGGCCUUCAUGACCCAAAUGCAGGCGGAAAAUAUGGAGCUGAAGAAAGAGAUACGGCGCCUCAAGACCAUGAACGUGGUGUUGCAGCAGACCAUCGGCAGCCAGCUGCAAGGUUUUCCGGGUCUCCAGCUUGCUGGUGGCACAGCCGCGCCGACAACACGGCUGGCUCAGGCCUGUGGGGCUCUCAAAACGAGAGCCCAAGAGCUGGAGGCUGAGAUUGCGAAGAAGGGCGAGCAGAAGCUGCAGAUGCAGAGCGACUUGGAGAAGCAGAAGGCCACGCUGCAAGCUGCCAUGUCAACCACACCUGCUAAGAGCAGCAGUCCACCCCAGCUGACGCCGACAUCUGAGACCGGCACUGUUCCCAGCAAUAUCAGUCAGCUUAGUCGCAGAGAAGUAGCGCUGCUUCUGCAGCAGGAUUCCUUCCGGAAGAGAUUCCUGUUGAGACGCGACUUCAAAGGGCCCCGUGCCUGA